GGCUCUCAGCCCCCGGGCGCGCGUUCCGGGCGUUCCGCCGAGGGAAGCGCGGCAUGGUGAAGUCGCGGCGGGUCUAUGUGGUCACCUCGAACCCCGAGCGGGUCCCCGAGUUCCAGCGCCUCUUGGGCCUCUAUGGCAUCGAGGUGAGGCACGCCAACCCCUAUGGCUACCCCACCAGGCGGAAGGGACCCUCUGCACUUCGGCCGCUGGCAUCCAAGCUUUUGGCCGAGCAGUCAGAGCUCUCUUGGACCAAGUCGGUGAUGUAUGAGCAGGUGUUGCUCCUUUGUCGGGGGACCUUGGACCAUGCGGACGCGGUGGGCCGUAGCCUCGUGGACGGAGAGCUGGUGACAGUCAGUGCAGCGCUGACCGUUUGGUGCAACAAGCAGUCGGACACAGCGACAGACGUGCCAGAGCUGGACGAGUUUGUGUACAGACACGAAAUGGAUGCCAGGAUUGAUCUGUCAAAGCGGCAAGCAAACAAAGUUGGAGUGUUCAAUUGGGAUGAUGUCGUGGUGGAUGUGUACAGCGGCUUGUCUUACCACGAGAAGAAGGUCAUGGGUUUCAAAGUGUCCCCAAGGGACAUGAUAUUAUCUCGUUAUCUUCAAGAUCACAUCCACUAUCGGAGGCGCCGACUCUGUAGGCACAACCACUUGGAGACUGCUCGGGCUGUGGAUUUCGGUGACGGCUCAAGAGCGCUGGAGUUUUUCGGGAAGAACCCCUACCUCUUCUCCGAAAAUGUCAAGGAGCAUGGGCUCUCGAGCGUCUUUGCCUCGGUGGUGAAUUCCGGGGUCUUCCUGCGCGCAGCCAUUACCAGGCGGGAGUUCAUCUACUGGCUGCCGGGGCUCAACGCGGGCAUCCCCCUGGUGCCGAAGGACGAUGCCAUCCAUGAGGCCACCUUCCAGGCGCACGACCUGGCGCACUUCCUGGUCCCAGACCUUCUCUUCACAGGCCAGGACUCCCCCUUGCACCGGCGCCUCUACAUCGUGUACCGCAUGUUGAGCGAGGCCACCACGCUGGUCUUCGCGGACAUGGUCUUCGUGGAAGCGCUGAACCGCAGCGGAGUGAGCUACGACUGGGGCAAGCGCAAGAUCUGGCCCCUCUUCCGCGCCACAGGCCUGGACCCCUUCGAGCCAAAAGAGGCGCAGCACUUUCUGCGGGUCUUCCGGCGCUUGAUGGAGGCCAAUGUGGCGUACUGCCUACUGGGGGACGACUCCAAGUACAGGCAAUUGCUUGCUGAAGGCGGAGAAGAAGGCGAGCCCGCGGUGCUGCGAGACUUCAAGGACAAGCAGCCUGACCGGUGUACCGGUGUUGCCCAGACGGUGUCAAUUGCAUCAUGUUGCUUUCUCUCCUUUGGAGCUAUUUUCCCAUCCUUUCGCAAAGGGGGUGGGUGGUGUAAAAUCUCCUUUGGAGCUAUUUUCCCAUCCUUUCGCAAGGGGGUUGGUGUCUUACGCUUUUUUAGGUACAUGCCGUUCUUCGUGGAAGACUUCCAGUGGACCGCCAAGAAUUACGCCUGCAUGUCCGCCAAGCCGGGGGAGAUGGCGCGGUGGUGGCAGCUGGCAUCUCCGAUCCGUAAAGCCAUCGGACAGGAGGUCUGCGGCCCCGGCGCCACGGGGCUGCUCACCAUCCAGGAGUUUGCUCAGCGCAUCCAGGCCAGCGAGGCGGGCGGGACGGAGUUGGUCUGGGCCGCCUUGGAGGAGAUCUGGGCCACGCGCCUGGCGCCGGUCUUCUUGGAGCCCCAAGAGCUGAACCCGGACCCCAGGCAGCUGCUGUUCGCAUCCUUCGGGCGGUACAUGAUGGGGCAAUGUGUGUUGCUGGCGCGCUUCAACUUUGUGCCGGAGUCUCAGAGCUGCCACCAAGAGAUCUUGCAGGCCUUGCAGGAUGCCAAGGGCUGCCUUGAGGAGCAGCAGAUGCUCAAGCUGCGGCGCCGCUUCGAGGCGCACGUGGACCUGCUGCUGCUGCGGCAGCUCAUCUCGCAAGACGAUGCCGUGACCUUCAAGGAGGUCUGCCCGCUCUUUGACCCCUGCUUUGCCUCCUACGAUGAGCCCUUGUCACAGUACCAACAGCUGCAGCUAGUGAGCAGCGAGAUCCUGGGGGCCCCAGCCCCGGCCGGGUGCGCGAAAGGCCAGCCCUUGCAAGAUGGCGUCCCAGCUAAGCUGCAACGCCAAAGGUCACAGGCUGGCAAAGGAACCCGCUUGCGCUGGGUACCCAAGCAGAAGUGCUGAGCAUGAUACAGAGGGCUGCCAGCGAGACGCCUCGUAGCUUUGGUUCUGGCAUGGCUCAUGUACAGCUUGAGCGGAGGC